AUGGACCAAUAUGUAUUGGAAAACAUUUUUUCAUGGCUUCCAACCAGGUCCCUCUUGAGGUUUCAGAGCGUUUGCAAAACUUGGAAUUCGAUAAUUUCCGAUAGAAUCUCAAGUUCCGAUUUCCGGGACGUGCACCUGGAUCGAAUUCUGAAAAACCCAGACAAAUUGUCACACUCAAUCCUCAUAACUUCUCCAACCGCAGCUCUAGGCUACAAUGCAUGUUUGAGCAGCAAAGACAAUGCAGGUUUUCGAUACAAUGCAUGUUUGAGCAACAAAGACGUCGAAAAAGCGUGGAAGUAUCUUCCUAAACCUGCUGGAGUUCACAGCAACAGUUUCAGGCUUAUCGGUUCAUACAACGGCUUAAUUUGUCUUCAUGAUGAACACUUCAACAUAGUAUUGUGGAAUCCGUGCAUGGGAUUGUAUGAAACGGUAGAGAAAAAUUUCCCGCUUGAUGAAGUAUGCAAAACCAGUAAACAUUACUCGUUUUGUGGGUUUGGCCCCAACUCAUCUGCUGCUGGAGGUUAUGUAAUCGUAUUGGGAUAUCAUUCUUAUCUCAUACUCAAUGCUAUGGACAACAAACUUGGGCGGUAUAUGUGGAAAAAUAUUCAAAAUAUCAGAUCUUAUAAUGUUUUUGAAAGUAUUGGGGUUCUUGUGAAUGGAAAUCUUCAUUGGCCAGCAUCCGGCCUGGUGGUGGUUUCAUACAAUUUGAAUGAGCAGAAGCUCCGCGAGUUCCGGGCACCGACUAAAAGUAAAAGUGGCCAAUUCUGGGAGCAGGAAAAAGAAUUCAGGGUUGGAAAUUUCAGGGAAAAACUUUUUGUGAUUUUUAAGGCUGAUAGCAAGUUCGAGAUCUGGAUAUUGGAAGAUAAUGGUGUCCGGAAAAUUUGGAAAUGGUUGUUUAAUAUUGAGGGAUUAGUUGUACUUCAUGACAUUUUGGUACCAUUAGGGUUCUUGAAGAAUGGUGAUAUCAUUAUUGAGGUGGACAGGCGUUUCAUAGCACAGUACAGUUUUGCUUAUAAAGUUAUGAAAGUUCUUAAGCAGCUUCCUGGUGGUGGCACUAAUACUUCUGCGAUUUCAUUUGUGGAGACCCUGGCUAUACCCAGUAAUUGA